UCGUCUCUUUCUCUCUCUCCCCUUCUUUGUCCCUCUUUCAAUCUUUCUUGCCCUUUAAUCCUCGUAUUUUAUCUCCAACCUCUCCUUCUUUCCUUCUCUCUUUCUUUCUUCCAGACGCUGUGGUCGAAGAGGCAAGGUCACACGCUCCACUCUUGGCAAUCAGCGGUGUGUGGAGCUUUUGCAGGCGCGGUGGCAGCCUUCGUCACCACCCCGCUCGACGUGGCGAAGACCAGGAUCAUGCUGGCCAAGGCGGGCUCAGCCACGGCGGGAGGCAACAUCCCGAUGGUGCUCUGCGACGUGUGGAGGAGCAAAGGCCUUCCAGGGCUGUUUGCAGGCAGCGUCCCGAGGAUGGCCUUCAUCAGCGUGGGAGGCUUCAUCUUCCUGGGAGCGUACGAAAAGGUCCGCCGCACUUUGCUAUAGGGGGGCUUCGUGGCACCUCCCCCCCCCCCCACCCCACACAUACACACACAGCAGACCCUCGGUGUCGGUGUCGCCGUGCAGCCUGGGGAACGCUGCCAGCUCGCUGCCCUGAGGAUUCGGAGCCGACUACAUUACCCAGGAUGCUGCAUUCCUGGUGGAUAACGUGGAAAAGACUCUAGUAAUAUUUAUGAUCCUGUCCUGUAAUGUUGGAAUGGAUUUUGGAAUUAAAGACUCUCUUUUAUACUUCUUGUGAUUUUCCCAUCACCCUCUAGACUCCGGUCCUACAACGUUUAACGUCCGUUUGUCUAAUGUUUUAAUCCAUAUCUUCUUCUCUCUGUUAAGCUCAGCCACCUGCGUAAAAGACCCACCCGGGAGACGCAGCGAUAUGUCACCGUUGUUACAUUCCAACUAGAGCAAAGCUGACCUCAUCCCACCUACGGGAGCCGUAUAUUUCCCCCUGAGACGCCGCCAACAAUAGAGCACUUUGUUGAAUUAACAAGACUGUGGGGUCGAUCUGCAGGCUCGGCUGCUCCACACGAGAUUCUCCAUUACAGCUCCAGGUCUUACCUGUCGAGACUUUAUGGUGUCUCUUUCCGUAGCUAUGUGGAAAACAUGGUAGGAACUUUCGAUGGUGGGAAAAGCAGGAUGUCCUCUGAACGUCUGUUUUAAACAUAUUUGGGUGAAUUAGCAUCCAGCAUCAAAUUUUAGCAAGAAAUCAACUGUAGCUUGACUAGAUCAUGAGUUCAACCCACAAUGCAUCAGUUCGUACCUGCUGCCCACAAUGCCAUAUUGCUGCAUUGAUAUGGCAUUUUAGAUUCCUACUAAUGCUGCAGUGAGAAAUGCAUCUGGGUUCUUAAGCUGGUCACAAAAAGAAAUUCCUGAAUAUUUUCCUACUUGCGGCCUGGGCCAGGCAUGUGGCUUUGAUUCGGUUUGCAAAGGUUUCUGAGACAUCAGCUGCUGGGAUCCGCAACUUGCAUGCACAUUUAAUUUCUGCGUUUGAUCUCUUAUUACAGCAGAGCGUCUGUUUUCUACCUCGCUCCCCGCGAAAGUAGGUUGUUGUGACAAACGGUGGAGGGCGAGACGUGCGGAAGGUUUAAAAUGAAGAACAAAGGGAGAGACUUUCCAGGUUUUGUGUGUAAACAGUUGAAACCAGAGACUUUUUUUUUUUUUUUUUUUUUUUUGGCCCCCAGCAAUUUAAAAUAGGACACAUUUUUUUUAUUUUAUGUCAGAAUAAGAAAAAUGGUUUUAUGUUUAUCAUACAGUGAAUGGAAAUCAUUUUGGUCAUUCUAACUGAUCUAAAACUGAUUUCGUCAAUCAUCCAUCUGGAAUGCACAUCCUGACUCUGAAGUCAGCCUCCCGUCAAAAGCAGAUACUUACAACAGGCCGCGGCUGGAAGGGGGUACAAUAAAAGAAAAGAAAAAAAGCCUGCUGUCUUUGGAGCUGCGAGGAGCCAAAAGAGAUUCCUGCUUAAGAUUUAGAUUUAAGAUUUAGAUUCCUGCUUGCUCAGCUUUGUUUCAUGUCGCAGCGAACGCUUCAUUUGAACUGAUGGUUUCUCCAUAAGCACCGCGAUAGGAGGGAGGAGAUAAGGACGCUAAAUGCUAACUCGGCUCGAAUCAUCUGCUCCGUGGGUUUUUAAACAGGUGAGGGGGAAAAAAAACCAAACAGGCACGACACCGGUCAUCAUAGCAAAAUGUGAUUUUAUUAGACACUUCAAUGCCAUGUUAGACACUUCACUGUUUUUUUUUAUUAUUAUUAUUUUUAACUUUGACAUUGGUACAGACGCUUUGCUUCAAUAAAUUAGUCUCAGAACAUGAACUGCACCUCGCUUUCUCUCUCUCUGUCUAUCGUCCCUUUAGGGCCAGGGGGGGAGGGGGAGGGGGGAUUCUCUAAGUGGUCUCGGAGGUAAAGUCACCUCUGGUAGGUGUAACAGGAGGACGAUGUCCUCCGCCUUACCUCUGGUUCUGAAACCCAAUGAAACUGCUCCGACUGAACGUGGCCCGGUGUGUUCAGGGACCGUGGGAGAAGGUGGAGGGUGCCUGAACGCAUCAGUCCUAGUUUGGUUGGAGCGCAUUUUCACCGGCUUCCCAGCGGUUCACAGCGUUUACCCUCAAGUCGUGACGCAAAUCUGAGCUGCAGUGGUGGAAGUGGGUGGAGUACUGGCCUCUUUGCUCCAACAGCGGGUGUUGUGGAAGAUUACAGCAGUAACGUCAUAAAACGAAGCCAAAUUCGUGACCAAAGCACGAUCGUAGCUUUCAUUGUGAAUGUGCCUUAUGGGCUCGACGUACAGGGGGGGCGGGCUGAACCCAACACACGGGACGCGGCAGAGUCGACAGCGACAAAAACUGGGAAAAAAAAUUGGGGGGG